CGAUCACAACGCACUAGAUGUGGCUUUGCUCGCGAACCGUUCGGGUGGCAAACUCGAUGUGGACGCGACCUUCUAACGCCCUUGCAACGCGAGUGUCGUGCAAAAAACCAAAAUUAUUACAUUAAAAAACUCUACUCUUCCUCCCCUUCUUAGGGACAGAAAACAGAACAUCACAACGUUUUUUCCUCUUCUAACCCGGCUCGAAAUUAAAUGGUAAAUCACGAAAGUUGUGAAACCGUUGCCGUCACGAACCAAAUGACCUCCACUCAAUCGGAAAAGUGUGGAUUAACAACGCUAUUUGUCAUGUCGUGUAGAGGAAGAGCAGAAGCUUUUGCCAGACAUUUGCAAUCGAGGUUAAGCACGUUAAAUAAAGAACCAAAAAGUGAAAAUAAAGAUGAGCCCGAUGAAACAACUUGGUUGGGGAAAAACGAACAGAUCGCUUUAACACAACCAAAACACAAAGAAAUCCAAGACGAUAAAGAAGAUGAUUUAAACGUGUCAAUUUCAUCAACAGAGUACGGAACGUGCCAAGAUGAUUUAUCUAGAACAUUAACAGAGGAAAGUUUCGCUUCCUUAGAAAGUGAUAUUAUAAAAGAUGACGUUGAUUAUAACGAAAUUUUAAUUAAAAAUGAAUAUUACGAAAACGACACAAAAAAUGAAGAUGAUUAUAUUUUAGAAAAUGAUCGUUCUAGUGAAGUAAUUCAAGAUUGUUGUGAUGAAAACUGUGAUAUAACCGGUGUUGAUGAUUCUUUAACAAAAACGGAACUUUUAAAUAUAAUAAACAUCGAAACGAGUAUACCAAACGGUGAUUGCCAUCAUCUUCAUCACCACCAAGACGAUGAAAUAACCCCUUUAAGAAGAUGCUCGUCGUUAAGAACCGGAAAAACCCCUCCGGGAACACCGGGUAGAAAGAAAAUCGUUAGAUUUGCUGAUGUUCUUGGAUUAGAUUUGGCCGAUGUUAGAACGUUUUUGGACGAAAUCCCAAAAAUUCCCAACUCAGCUUACGUCGAUCUUCAAGAUGCAAACUUAAUGUUUUCAAGCUGCUCGAAAUCGCCCGAAAAGAUUCUCAUCCCCCUUUUUAGUCAACCGGGAGGUUUAUCCGAUUUUUUGCAACGAGUUCACGAUAAUAAAGUCUGUUUGGAAAACGCUCUCGUCGAAGACGUCUGUUUAAUGUCGGUUAAAGGUACUGUUCGUGUGCUAAAUUUAGAUUUUCACAAAAUGGUUCAUGUCAGAUAUUCGGUCGAUGGUUGGAGAUCGUUUUCCGAUCUUCAGUGCACUUACGUUAUGAACUCUUGUGAUGGAUUUUCGGACAAAUUUACGUUUCUCGUUUACGCAAAUAUGCUUAAGGUCGGCGAAAAACUCGAAUUCGCCGUUCGGUAUCAAUGUAGAAAUGGAAGCUUUUGGGACAACAAUAAUAAGUGUAACUACUCGUUUCAAUGUUUACCGAGUACCAGCACAAUGCCCUAUAACCCGAUUACUACAGAAGAACCUUGGGCCACCGCGUUUUAUUACCACGAAGACGAAUCUAAUACAACGCCGGAAGCCGAAGAAAGACACCGACACUUGGCCGUUCAAGAGUACAUCGCAGCAACGUUGGAUAAACACAAGAAAAUUGAUUGUUUGGAUGUGUCGACGAAGAAAACAACAAAUGUUUUUACCAUUUUUAUUAUUGUAGUUGUCUCGAUUGUAUUUUUGUACGUACAAAGAGCGGUUUAUUUUGCGUAGUAGAAAAUAUAUAACACAAAAAAAGAAGUUAUAAUAAAGUUUUAUAAUAUAAAAAAAAAAAUUAUAUCAGAUUUUAUCGAAGAUUAUUGAGGGUUGUGAUGUUUAAUGAUCGAAAGUGACUAAAUAAAAACGAAUUGAGAUUAAAUAAUGUUGUGAAAUGAAACGAUUUCUCGAAACGACUGUUUUAAAACGAAAAAAAAAUGUGUUUUAGAGACGUGAUAUAGAUGUAUUAUAUUGAUUUUUUUUGUAAAUUAACGUUUAAUAUUUGUUAAAUGUUUACCAAUAUUGAUAUCUAUUAAUUAUCGUAAAUAAAUGUGUAUGAAUACUUAGUUGAUCAAUUUAAGUUUAAUUCUUGAUACAAAUUAAUCUAAUUAAACAUUAAUUGAUCAAUUAGAUAUGAUUCUAUGAAUUGUUGUAUGUAGAAAAAGGUGCAUGUUAGAACGAAUAUAACGAAUUAAUAAAGAAAAUUUUAAUAUUCAAUAAAGACAAAGAAGAGUAUAAUAUGUUAGACAAUACACAGGUUUAAUCAAUGAUUAAUAUAAACUCAUUCAGGGGAUUUCAUACUUUUACAAUACAAAAAGAAAUGUACACUAGAGAAAAAAUUGCCUAUUUUUAACUCUGUACCUGAAAAUAAAACUGAAAAAUUGAAAUAAAAAUUUGUAUCUUUGUGUAUUCAUGUCUACUAUUUUAAAAUAACA